CGGCCGCGGCAGCAGCGGGACAAGUGCAGAGCUGCCCCCGCACAGCCCUCGCCUGCCCGCUGCGCUCUGCCCUGCGCUCAGCCAGCCCGGCUGCACCUGCACCGCCUCACUGCGCCAGCCCGGCAUGGCAGAAGGCAGGAGCGACCCCCAGCCCGGAGACCUGAUCGAGAUCGACCGGCCAGGUUACCAGCACUGGGCCCUCUACGUGGGAGAUGGUUAUGUCAUCCACCUCACAUCUGUAGAUGACGAAUCCUCAUCCCUUUGGCUUAGCAGCUCUUCAAUAGGUGCCACAAGAGGCAAGGUGAAGAAGCAGCGCCUGGAGGAAGUGGUGGGAAAUAACAGAUGGCGUGUCAACAACAAGUAUGACCGCAGACGCACUCCUCGGCCCGUGAAGGAGAUCAUCCAUGAUGCUGAGCAAUGGAUUGACAGGGAGGUGCCAUAUAAUGCGCUUACUGACAACUGUGAGCACUUUGUGACCGAGCUCCGCUAUGGAAAAGGAGUCUCUCGCCAGGCCAGAAUAGCAGCUUUUGGUGGUGUUGCAACUCUUGGAUUGGCUCCCCUUGCAAUUAUUUUUCCUGUUGUUGGUGCUGUUACUGCGGUUGGUGCUGCUGCUGUUGCUGGUGUUUCUGGUGUUGUUCGGAUGGCGUUUUCCGGGGGCAAAUCCAAGCGGUCAUACCACUGAUGGGCUGCCAGGAAGAGCUCAGAGCAAGGCAGGGAGAGCUCCUGGCCACAGUGGUCACGGCUCAGCUUUUGCUACACACGCCAUUGUCGCUAUGGGACACGAAAUAAAACGACGCGUACACGCAACUCUCCAAGGUAAAAAAGAGGGUGUUUAAUUUCUGACUCCAACUUUUAUAGAUUUCCAAAAGGGACAUUCCAAUGACACUGGACAAACCAAGAGUCCGUCAAAUUUCUCCUCCUCCAUGAAAGAAUGCAGAACAAUACGUUAUUGGCAAAAAGUGCUAGACAAAGUUCGUUACAAGAAUGUUAACAUCAGAAGGCUUAGAAAAACUACAAAAAGCAGGGCAAAACACCAUCAAGGGUUCUUAGCAACUAUGCCACCCUUGCUGCAAACAUUAAAUAAGCCUUCAUAAAAUGUCUGAUGUCCACACUCAUAUUUCCCUGAAAUUCUUAUUUAUUUAUUUGAGUAUAGCUUUGUUUGCAAGUUUAAAAAUUCAGCCUUGUUUCUCCCUGCCAUCCCAGUAAGGGAUAGCAAGUCCAGAUUGUCACCAUUCAAGGUGAUCCCCAGCAGGUCCAUCCUGCUUGCCUCAUGAGUUUUUAUUUUAUUGUGUGUGAUGGUUUUUGUGGUAAUCUGGGAGAAAUUGUAAGCAAGUUAUCCAUUCCUUCCCCAUCCCACACACCUCCCCUCGAGUGCUUUGCCGAGCGCUGCUGCAGACUUUUCUUCCUGAUUUGAUCAUCUAGCUCCUAGAGGCUCGUUUUGUGUAUCACUGCAAUAAAAAGGACUGCUGAGGUUUGA